AUGGCGCGCCCAAUCGAGUAUAUCAGUAGCAUUGACGAUUCGAAGGAUUUGUGGAAGGUUGCUGUUAGAUGUAAGCAUCUGUGGUCUGUUACCAGUUCUCAGAAUAGAGAGCACUUAGAGCUUAUUCUGUUUGAUUCAAAGUUGGAUUUGAUUCAAGCCAUUGUGCCAUCUUAUUUGGUAUCAAAAUUCAAAACACAGCUUGAACUUGGUUGUUCCUACAUAAUGCAGAAUUUCAAAGUUUCCAGCAAUGAUUUCUCCUUCAAAUCCACUGAUCAUAAGUUCAAAUUGAUUUUCUGUGGUUCAACUUCCGUCAAAAAGGUCCAACUUGCUGACAUACCUCUGAACCACCUCAAGUUAAUUGGAAUAAAUGCUAUUAUUGAGGGUAAAUACAGAACGAAUUUGUUAUAUGAUAUAAUUGGUGGGGUUACUGAAAUAUCCCAAGCCCAGAUAAUUCCUGAUAACAACAAAAGCAAGGUUGUGUUUUCAUUAACUGAUCUGAGCAAACAUCAUGUGCAAUGUACUCUUUGGGGUAAAUUAGUUGUGCAACUGAAUGAGUAUUAUACGACUCAUAAGGCUGAUGGUAGUAUUGUUCUCCUACUUAUGAAUGCAAGGAUCAAGGAACCUCAAGGAAAUUAUCCUUUAAAUGUAUCAAAUGCUUGGAACGGCACAAAACUGUUCAUCAAUGAUUUGUCUAUUGAGGAGGUUAAAAACCUUAAAGAGAAACUUAAAGAUGAUCUGUCGACGCUCUCAUCCUCGAGCAUGCAAAUGGAAACCACAAAUACCUCUGUUUUUUCUGAUUUGGACAAAUUUGUAUGGAAAGCUGAAGUGUUGAGUCUGUCUGAUAUUGCAUAUCUGCAGACUGAAACUACAUGUGUGACUGUUGCGACUCUGGAGAAGUUUGAAUAUGGGCAGUCAGGAUGUCUCAAGCUUGAAGUGCUUGCCUCCGAUGGAAAGUUAAAAUACAAGUUCGUAUUUUGGGAUGUAGAUUGUGUAAAGUUGAUUGGGAAGUCCGCCCUUCAGAUGAAGUUGGAUUUGAUGGAGACUGGAGAUUUUGAUCCCCUUGAAUUCCCUUAUGAACUUGAUGUGAUGCUGAAGAAGGAGUUGGCUAUAAGAGCAGUGUUUCAACCAAACAAGGCCAGUCUUUCUGUAAUCGGAUUUAAGGCAGAUGAAGUGCUACGUACCAAAAUAAAGGAGAGGUUUAAAUGUGAAGAGCACACUUCAAAGAUUGUCGUCUCAACAGAUGACACUCGGGAUGAUAUGCAUACAGCAUCGUGUACUCCGACCAUCACCACCUCGGAAAAACAGUCUCAUGAUGAUCCACAAACAGUUUCAGAUCCGUUAUCAAUCACUGCAGAUUAUGACCCUUCAGUUGCCAACUCUGCACUUACACCGUCAAAAAGAUCUAUUCCUGAGACAGUUGAAGAACUCGACAGUGCCCAACUAUCGUCCACCAAGAUAAUAAGGGACAUCAAGCUGGAGAAAUGA